GUGAGCGCCGACGGCAGCGGGCGCAACUCGAACGCGGCGCGCUCGUGCGCGCGUCAUAGACGCCCGAGACGUCGGCGACGUCGGCGCGGCAGCGCGCUGCUAGCGUUUCGCGAGGGUUUCGUCCGCGUGGUUUACGGCGCACUUCUCCUCUCCGGGGCCUGGCCCCGCUCCGGCGCCGGCCGGCGCUUCUCGUGUUUCGGAUACACUUGCCGCCGCCUGUGGAUAUCUUAACAGAGGGGCAGACUCCUUUCGACACUCAAGCAGCACCCGGACCAGGAGGCGCCAGAUGAAGACGUCGUGGUGUUUGCGCCGGUGUCGGUGCGGCGUCUUCGGUAUUGCGCAGUAAAAAGAAAAAGACAGUGAUGGAGAUUGGUUUUGAAAAUUUUCCGCCUCGGCAAGGGUGGUCUUUUGCCCGUUCCCGGUGCAGUUGCGGUGGCAGGAGGAGGGCGUGACAAUUUGAUUGUCGCCUUUCCCGUGCGAGCCCUGGGGCUGGAGAGACUGCGGCUGCAGUUUUAGCGGUUGGGGUUCCGGCGAGCGCUGUCGUCGUCGUCGUUGCGAACUGCGUCCUUCCCUCCGUCUCCCUCCCACAUGGCUUCCGCGCGGUCAAGAGCUCGGACCAGCGCGGCGCUGAGAGACGGCAUGUCCGGCUGCGGGCGCCGGACAGCGCACUUCGAGAGCGCCGGCUGAACUGCUCCAAAGCAUUGCCGACGGUCACGCCUUGAGGAUGAUGAAAGACCGCAAGAUGGUCAAUACGGUUGCCUUGAAACGUUUCCGCCGAAAUUUCUUCGGAUCGAAAUGACCAUGGGUUCUGCACCGUUCCAAAAGACGGCCCGAUCUACAACGGUGCCUACGAAGACCGUGCGCAAGAAGAACACGGUACUGGUGAUCGUCGGGACCGUCGGCCUGGCGUCGCUUUUCUUCUUCUACUCGCGCCAGGACGAAUCCUUCUGGCUGAAGCCUGUCGUCGUCGCCAAAGAACUCGUGCGAAUGGGACAGCCCGGAUACUCAAUUUACACCAGCGGCUGCAAGAUACCCACCUUCGAUCCGUUCCACUGGACAGUGGCCGGCUUGUACCGCAAGCAGACCUUGUACACGUGCCCCGGAAAGCCCAGCUUCAUACGCCUCGUGGCUAACGUGCCUUCUAUUGACGCCAGGGUUCUCUGGGAGCACUACAAGUACAAGCCUCGCGAUGUGCUGUGCACGUAUCAGAAAAUAACUCGCGACGAGAACCGGACAGAACCGGAUUCGGCAGUAGUUUACCACCCCAGUGCCAGGCUCGUCUUCGGAACUCCGCUGUCCAGUGAUUUCGUGUUCGUGACGUGUUCCGGUAACGGUAUGAAGUUUCACGAGGAAUUCCUAAUGGUGCCUGUUCUGAAGGAACAAGUGGAACAGCGCUGCAAGCUCGCCGAGGACGCAGUGAGCCCGCAGUUGAACCGCACGAAAGAACGCUUAAACGUUGUGAUCGUCGGCCUCGACUCCGUAUCUCGGCUCAACUCGCUUCGUCAUCUGAAAAGGACUCGAGCUUUCCUGUUGGAACAAAUGGACGCCUUCGAAUUAUACGGCUACAACAAGGUGGGUGACAAUUCGUUUCCUAAUCAAGUCCCUUUGUUGACCGGGAAGUCAGGCGAAGAAGCCAUGGCACUGUGCCCCGAGAAGUUUUUCGACAAUCUUGAGUUCAUCUGGGAUAAGUACGCCGCCCUCGGCUACCGAACGCUCUUUCUUGAGGAAAGUCCGAAAUACGGCCUUUUCAAUUACCUACUCAAAGGGUUCAAAGACAUUCCAACCGACUACUACUGCCGCCCCGUGAUUUUUGCGAUCGACAACUCCAAGUUCAAGAAGUUUAUCGGUGGAGGCAAAGGCUGUGUAGGCUCGACCGUCCAGACGGAAAAGUACCUUGACUACACCACGUCUCUUGUCGCGUUUCUCGGAAACCGCAGCUACUUCACUUACACGUGGAUAUCCGACGUGACGCACGACAACUUCAAUUCCGCUGGAUUCGCGGACGAGCCUUUUCUUCGAGCCUUACAGAGGCUCAACGCCAGCGGUGUGAUGGACAAGUCUGUGGUGGUGUUCCUCAGCGACCACGGCAUGCGCUACGGGCCCAUCCGGCAGACACUCAUCGGCAAGUACGAAGACCGAAUGCCUUUCGUGUUCCUGAUGCUGCCGCGAGAGUUCCGCCGCAAGUAUCCCGAGGCCGUCAAGAACCUCAAGAUAAACCAGCGACGUCUCACCACUCAUUACGACCUGCACGCUACCCUUCUGGAACUCGCCGACUUUCCCAACGAUCUCCCGUCCUUCAAGACCAAACACGGCAUAAGUUUGUUCAGAGAAGUGCCCGAGAACCGGACUUGCAGAGAUGCCUUCAUCGCUCCUCACUGGUGCUGCUGCCACGACAGUGGACAGUUUCCCGUGACCAACCCACUCUCCAGGAAAAUGGCCAACUUUGUCCUGCAGACCGUCAAUGGCUGGCUUGAGGACGGUGCGCCGGGAAAGUGCGUGCGUCUCCAGCUCCGGAGCGUCGUGGACGUGUACGAGGUUACGGUUGACGCUAGCAGUGACACGCGUUACUUCUGGGUAACGCUCAAGUGUUUCCCGGGUGAGGGUCUCCUCGAAGCUACCGUGGCCGUGAAUGGCACAGGAGCCCUCGCUGCGGAACGCGUGAGUCGUCUAAACUGGCACGGCGGCCAGUCGUCGUGCGUCAAGAACCACCAACUCGAACUUUACUGCUUUUGCAAGCACCAAUAGUGGGUGCAGUUUGCACUUGUUCACGAGACACCGAUGUUUGCCGGUGAUUACGCGGCCGAGCAUUCGCAACUUUUCGAUUUCCGUUUCCAUGUAUUGGUGAGUCCUGUUGGGUCUUUGGAUAACUUUGUACAGAGUGGCACGUUGCUGAGCUUUUUAUGCAUGUCCGAUAAGACUCGUUUAUUUAGUUGCGUUUAUAGCUGACGCUUCGUGCAAUAAGAACCUGUAGAUGAAUACCGUAUCACGGUAGUUCUUUUUUCUAAAACCUAGUCAAGACCGGUUUUUAAUUAUAUAUUAUUCUAAUCAAAGGGACAAAAUAUUGUUUAGCUGCCCAGCGCCUGGGCUCGUAUUCACAGAGCAGUUCGCAAGGUUAGGAUGAUCUGUAAAAGUCACUCGUGAUAGCGAAUAUAUGGUUAACGAAAGCAGAUGGCCAAUGACAGAUAGCUCUUACUAUAGCGAAGAGAUUUGUGAAUUUACCUCAGUUUGAUCUCUGCGCAGUAUGGAGGGCUUUCCAAGCGAAGAUUUCGUGCACUUGUUCUUCUGACUGCUGCCAUGCAGUAACACGCUGAUAUAUGGCACGCUGUCGUGAAGUAAUAGAUUUAUAUUAAGCGUAUGCCACAUUAUAUCAUAUUUUGUUGUAUUGGAAGCUUUUUCAGCAUCUGGGGCACUAUAACGUAUAGCUAUUCCAAUUCUGCAAUCAGUCCUCUGCGAUUGGUCAAAAACGUUUUUUGGGCCACCCCCACUUCGCCUGUUUGUCAGGCGACGUCACGAAAACUGCGAUAGCUCCCCAUCCGAUAUGACGUGAACGCACUGAUUACGCACGAUUGCACUGAAAAAAAAAAAAGAUAUUUCUGAUUCGAUGCCUUUUCGCCAUUAGGCCUCUGCUAUUGGUCAAAAGUUUUCGGGCUGCACCCACUUCACUUGCAUGUCACGCGACGUCACAAAACCGCGAGAAGUCACCGCGUCAAAGUAACGUGCACGCGUUAAAGAUGCAUUAAUAUGCCGAACAAAACUGAAUUUCUUUAUGAAUAGCCGCAGGCUGCCCCCUUCCGAAAGGAAUAAAAGAUGGUUGCCACCGAUCGCUCAGGCAAUGGCUACUUACACCUGCCGGAGAGCUUAGGUUUAUUUCCGUAUAAUACAACUUCUUGUGUGGCCCUGUAACGUUUUUGAGCCCUUUCAGCACGUUUACGACCUCGCUCUGCGAACUCUUCUCUGCUGAGGAGUCGUUUUAGCGGCAUUCUUAACCUUCCGUUGCAUGCCGCCGCGAUUUUCAACCAGCCACCUCAAGCUAAGUAAGGGAAAGCUGACCAAUCGCAGGCGCCCACAACACCCUUUUCAUCCGUUAUGUAUUUUCAGUGCGCUGGCUCGGCCCCAUCGAAACCCUCACCACUUGAGUGUGCUCCUCGCCUCCUGGCAGCCAGCAAAAAAUGAAAAAAUCGCCCAAUGAAGGCAAUAUUAUUCCUUUUGAAAGCAAAGAAAAGUCACCUCCUAUAAACUAGAAGAGCGUUUGAUUGGUCCGUUCAGACAACUCUGCGGGUCACCGCCCGACGCUUGCAUCGGCGGUUACGCAAAUUUGAUGUCAAGAGAUUGGAAUAAAAGCAUAUUGGAAUAGCUUUACGUUAUAGGGCCCCUGCCUUUGCUCUUGAACAUUAGUUUGCAUGCAAGAACAAGUGUUAGAGCAAAAUUAUUGUUGCCUGUUUUCAUGAUUUGACCGGAUUCUAGAUUACUACGCAGUGCGAUCAAAUAUGGCUAGCUUUGCAUGUAUUUGUUGGAGCCGCAGACCAUAAUGGCAAGAAGUUCAGGCACGUAUUCUCAUGUACUCACUUACGCUUUUGGAAGUAGCGAACAAUUGGGAGCUGCUGGGCCUAUACGCGAAGAAGCUUAUGUCGAACGGUUCUACCUAGCUCGUUCGGCGUUUAGCACUGUGUGUUCUGUGAUAUACCCCGCCCAAAAAUAAUCUUCCGUCAGCAGACACAAAUGCUGAAAAAGAACCCUUAGAUUCUGGUCAUGCCUCACAUAGGCUAAUUAUGUUAAUAUGAAAGGAAAACAGCAUGCCUAUGAACACAGGAUUGCAGGCCACAUUAACGCUGGAUAUCUCUGUUACCAGAGCUUAUUGAUUGUUGACUGUAUAGCUGGGACAUUUCCUUUAUGCUACUUUCGUCUCUAAGAGCACUGCCAGGAAGUGAUGUAAGUGUCAUGCUUCAAGAUGAGGAUAUGUUUCUGACUCAGUGAGGGUAAUUUGGGGUUCUGCAAAGGAUGCCGGAGUGUUCUCUCCUGUCAUGAUGCGAGUAAUUUGAAAUGGAAAACGGUUUUAUUGUGCGAGGUGUUGUGAGAUGUGGACGCUACGAUUGCGAUGGUAUAUGGACUCCGCAGUGAUUAGAGACGUUCUCAGUCGCUGUAUAUUGUUGUGCUGCAAGCGACGUGUUAUUUAUUGGAUGAUGUAUCGUCUUAUGCUGACGCUGGUGCACUAAUUUAUUGGCUGUGCUGAGGUUUAGGUGCUGACGCUGUUUUAUCUGGUCACUUUAUACUUUAUUCUGUCCUUUCAUCUAGCAAACAAAGUAGAAGUUCACAGGAAUAUGAAAAGCUUGAAGUGACCAACAGCGGUAGAACAAGAGAUGACCUUGGAGUCAACAUUUUCGACAAGGGGACUUACCAUGACGAAAACAAGCGCCCUUGUCUAAACGUCGGUUCCAGAGCCAUUGCGAUCUUGUUCAACCGCUGUUGAGACUUAUAUGGUUCUUCAACAAGCGUUGUCAACAUCUUCUUGGUUUAUUCGCGUAUCGUCAGUCACCUUCUCUACUGCGAACGAUGACGAACAGAUGUGAGCACGAAGCUGCCUCGCGCGCCCUGCGCUUUACCGUUUGCCUUCUCGUAGCCUUAAUGGCAUAUUUCAUAACGAUCAUGCCGAGCCGAAGCCUGUUAACCGUUUUCACAUGCUCUGCAACUACGCUACCAGAGUUCGUUGAUGAUAGCACGAUAUGUAACGGUUGUCCCGACACUCCCGCUCAUUGUCACUUUUACAAAGACUCGCGGUAGAGGAUUUUCACCCAUCUGCUGAUGCCAUGGCUUUUCUGCGAAACAGUCACCGUGGGAGGUAGAAAGAGAACGCAUGGUGAUUUUGACAUGCUCGUUUUUUGCACUUUGCGCACGCUGCGGAACCUUUCAUUUACAUUACAAGCACCCUUUAACCUCUGCAGCGCUAGGUUUUAUGGGAAGCUCAGGGCCCUUUACAUCUCAGUGAUAAUGAAGUGUAUAUAUUCAUCCCUGCGAAUGGCGUGAACACAAUUUCGCAGAGUGGUGCCGUCCGGAAAGCAUCAGUAGUUAGCAAGUAACAUCUACCGCUAGACUACUGUCUUAUAGAUACCGAGACAGUGAGAAAUACAGGAUUUGUUUUGACGGAAAGGUUGUUAUAUUUCGCCGUGCCGCUCGGUGUAUGUGGCAUUGCGAUGGUCAUAAGUGGUCAUGAAAGCAUAAAUGAAGGAAUCAUAAGAAUCUUAAUUUAUUCUAACUUCUUCUAACUCUGCUAAAUUACAGGUGGGCGAUUGCGCACCAACAAAUUAAUUUAAAGCAAGACCUAUAAUGCGCCUUUCCGACAGAAUGCAAGUUGGCAUUAACCUAGGUAACUAACAUUAAUGCAAUGACCCCUGUGUUUCUCAAGCAUAUGAUUCUCUUUUAUAUAGCCUUGCCUGCAGUGAUGAGGUAUAUGGCGUCAAGGUAAAGGAUCAAGCUUCCUCAACUUGUAUCCAAUACUACUUCAAAUGCAGUGGUUACUCAGUUAAAGAAAAAAAAAAGUGAUUUGCAAAAUACCAGGCCCCAAUUUAUCAGACCUUCGUAUGCACGAAUUGACUUGUCGAGUGGGGCCUGAAAUCCAUGAAAUGAGGUGUUUUUUGCUAUGCACUUAGUGUAUCGCGUGCUGUAAAUCAAUAUAAGAAGCAAACAAGGGAGUGAUACAGCCUGAUACUCUUCCACCUCAUUUGUGUGAUACAUGACUCAUGUUAUAUGUGCUUCGAACUUCAACUCAUAUUCCAAUUUUGAAAGCUACCUUGCAGGACCAAUGCUACCUUGCAGGACCAAUGUGUUUUCUGUGUGGGUUGUGUGCUUUGAAAUAUUCAGAUAAAGUUGAGGAAAAAAUAAAGCGGCGAGAAUUUGGU